AACAGCAGGGUACAGCUUAUCACAAUAGACUUCAGUCCCGGUACCAGUAACGGUAGGAGGAAGACGCACAACUCCCCCAUCAACUCCUCAGAAGCGGGAUAGACCGAUGUCUCCCUCCACAACAUGGGACAUUGGCCGUUGGAAGGAGACUCUUGAGCAUCCUUAUCUCGGUCGUCGAAUCCUUUUCUGCGAGAGGCAUCCCAACACCUGAACAAACAAUACUGUAGCUCGGACAGCUCUAUUAUCCUGGAGAGAGGGAUCCCUGAUUCGAUUCGUAUUGGCAUUCGCCUUUAUUGUUUUUCUGCGUCCAAACAUUAUACCCGUAUCAAAGAUGGUUUAUUCCCAAGGAUCAUCAUCUCGAGUUUUGGUGGUCACGCUGUCAGUGUCCCUGGUUGUUUGUGGCUUGAUGCUGAUAGCCACAAAGGGCGAUCUACAGCAUGGCAGCUCGACUCUACAAUCUACUACUCCAAGCGCACGCAGCAGAAGCACUCGGAGAAAGCUGGGUGCUGAUUGCGAGAAAACCUGUCAGAAUGCUCCCUUUAAAGAUCUGGAAUAUUUCGAUGGGGAUGUUCUGCUCAAGCCGGCGACCAUGUUGGAACGACUCCAGAAAAGCCGCAAAGAGUGGGUUGAAAAAGGCCUCAAGAAGGAUUAUGGAGCCAAGUACUACAAGGACAUGUUUGAGCCAUUGGAAAAGGUCUUUAAUAAUGAGACCAAAAAAGAAGAAGAAAUCCGACACAGUGCCGGACGUCAGCGCAUCUUUCAGGAUCCCUCCAUCUUGCCCUCCACCAAGCGGCCCGAAAAUGAAAACUUGCCUUCGGAAGGACCAGCAUGGGGUAGAAUGGUUCGCAAAAUGCAAAUGAAGAUUCUGCAAGUCCAGUUGGGUGUUUUGGAAGAACGGAAAAAUGCCAAGCCCAUUUGCCUCGAUGACUGUUCCAAGAAGAACAAUGAGGAAGGCAGCCGUCGAUUCCUUGCAAAAGCCAAAGCGUCCGGUGGACUCUAUACCAAAUUCACUUGGGCGACAGGCGGGCACAGUGCUUCGGCUGGUCAUGGCAAUUUAUUCCGAGAGAGCUACACGGCAAAUAUGGAUCGAGCUUUGUCACCCAUUCUGGCCAGCAUUGGCUUGGAUUUUGAGGCAAGAAAUUAUGCCAUGGGUGGAACAGAUUCGGCAGAAGAAGUUGCACUCUGUAUGAACUCCAUCUUUGGAAGAGAUGUCGAUGCUAUCAGUUGGGACUACGGCAUGACGGAUGGACAUGAUCUGUGGAAGGUCACCAUGUAUGCGUACAAGGCAGCGGGAAUCUCGCGAGUGAAAGACGGUCUAUCUCAGCCAGGCAAUGUUGGUUAUCGUCCCGCAUUCUUUCCCAUUCAUCAGCAAGUCGGUGUCAACUUGGUAGCCAAAAACAUGCUGUCUCUGGGGAUGACAUCUCUUGCCUACAAUGAUGUGUACAUGCGUGAAACGAUACUUUCAGUGGCACCUGAUAUGUUUGGCAUGCAUGAAGACGAAAUUGCAAAGGCCCCAAAGUAUCUACAGUACUUGAAGUGUGAGGGGAAGAUUGAAGCUGGGGAUCCUGGCUGCAAGGACAAUAAAUUCAACAAUUCCUUGUGCCCCAAUAGGAAGGCAAGGACCAGCUGGCACCCUGGUUGGAAAUACCAUGCACUAAUGGGCAAUCUGAUGGCCAUGACUUUUGUUGAUCUUGUUGAGGAUGCAUUGCAAGGCCUGAUUGAAAUGGAGUUGGAUGCAACAGGUGAUGACAUUGAUGCUGCCAAAAAACUCGUAUCCAACAAACUGAGCUCCUUGGACAAAGAAGAGAAGAAAGACUAUGAAGGGAUCUUUUCAAACCCAAUUCCCACGGAUCUCAUGCCACAUGUUGAUCGUUAUUGGACAGAAGCAGCAAAAGAACAUCUCAAAGACAUUUCUGUUGAAUCCUUCUUGAAGGAACCUAGUUUUUGUCAUUCAGCUCUCCUUCCAGCUGAAAUUCGUUUCAAGGGUCUGCUGACAGAGAACUUCACCAAUGUUGGCACCAUUAUGGAUCAAAGCUAUGAGGACGGGGCGUCCUCGGGUGCUGUAUUCCAAAUUGAAAAUCCCAGUUUUCGUUCAGGUAAGGAGCCUGCACCCUAUGAGGAUCCCCGUCCUGAGAGGAACAAUGGUCUGAUGAGACUGGUGAGAGAAGAUAAUGGAAGACAACAAUGUGAAGAGUACGUGAACUUGGAUUACAAGGACUACUUUUAUGUUGGUAGUGUGACGGACUGGCAAACCUUGGUGCUCCCAAACAAAUCUGAGAAGAAUUACUACAAAGAGUUUGAUGCAGCCAAGAGCAAGGGGUGGAUUCUUGCAUGCCUAACAAGGUGUGAUUGGGGCAAGUGCCCAGGAGGUGAUGUGCAUGCAUACUUUGGCUGGCAACGACCCCAACCCCGAAAGGAUGAAGAACCACCAUCAGAGGAAGAAAUUGCCAAGAAGGGGAAAGCGGAGAUGACAAUCAACGGUGUCAAGGUAACAGAAGCAUCUGGUAUGCACACAUGCUAUGCCUUGAGAAAUAAGGAUGGCCAUGUGUGGAAGCCAAACAAGGAUGGCCAGUACGAGAUCAAAACCCGCAUCACUGGGGCGGAAAAGCAUGCCUUCAUUCGGUUUAGUGCCAUUGUUCUCAUAUAGAAUGCAGAGUAAUUUGUUCAAGUCACUUGGCCCUGUCCUUUUAUUCUCUCGUAGCAGUGACCAUCUCGCUACGGUAGGCACCUGUUGCUGCUAGGAAUCAAUCGCGGUCGUUUUGGUGAACUUGGUACCUAAAAGAGGAAUGAAACUAUCUAGAGUGAUUCAGUCAUGAUGAACUAUGGGGAUCGUUCAAGGGUGGGGACGUUGCCAUGGCUAACGGAAGAUGUACUUCUUGCCUUGAGAUGAUGCGACCGGUCGCACCGAAACCCAACAAUCUGCACCUCGCAAAAAGGACUGAAACUUCCGACGACGAAGAAGGUGCGGCAGAUUGUGGAGACGCUAAUGGAUCAACCGCACUAAUUUCAAGCACUCCCAGUCGAGUUUGCUUGCGCUCGUCUCACCAAUCUACAAAUCCCAUCCUCGUCACAGCUGCCCCCGUCGACAGUAUAGCCCACGUUCGUCAUUUUCACCAUGGCAUCUCGGAAGUCUUCGAGAAACACAGUAUUGUUGUUUCGAUAUCGCACCAUCUCGCUGAAUAUGAUAUUCCUGGAGGCCGGGCAGACUGAUUCCCCGGGCGCUCUGGAGACAAAUUUGCAAGAAACAAAGCCGGACUCCUCCAUGUUGGCACUGUCUAGCUGCCUGACUAGAGCAACGUCUGAGUUGAGCAUGACGACUCUCCGACCAUUCGGGAAACCUUCCCAUUGCCAUCGAUUAGGCACGUCUGUUCCGUUGAGUUCAGUGUUGUUGAUUUCAAUCUGACGCCACUGUGGAGCCCAUUCAACUUGAAAACGAUCAGUGGGUCCCUCUCCCACCAGCUCUCGAUAAUCUGAUCCAACGUGCAUAGUGUAUUGUUCGGUACCCAUCCAAAGGGACCAUCGAAACCGAGAAUGUUCCUUCGAGCAACCCCUCUGAGAGCAUGCGCAGAUGUGCACAGUCAGCGGCGACGACAGUUACACCACGAUGAAAGGCAGAGGAGCUAGCUGUGCUUACAUAGUAUGACCUCCCAUUAUUGCCCCAGUUUCGCGAGCGUCGAAAUCGAAGUGCCGAGCAAAGUAUUCCAAUACUUCAUCGGUGCCCAGGUUGGGACUGCACAAGGGAGGAUCUGGACCCCGAUCCAAUCUAUCAUCGCAGUCUUCCCGUCCAUAGAAAUGAAAGGGCAAGUCAAUGCGUUCUCCAUCCCCUUCAGCGGGCAUUGCUUGUUCCACCCCUUACGCAAGAUGCAUUUCAGGAUGAGUGGAUAUGAAUCUGUCGUUGAGAUUCCUCCGGUUUGAUACGAGCCGCAACGUGGCAUUUGCACUCACCUACAAACGAAGCCAGCACCCAGAUGUCCGCCCUGGACAAGUCAGGUCCAUAUCGGCGCUCAAUCUCUCGGAGGCUGCCCAUGCUAGACCCCAACCCACCGUUAUCGGGAUUUUCAGUAUUGAUACAGCCGUCGCAUCCCGUCCCCCCAACGCAGUCAUGAAAAAUCAUUCGGAGAUACAAUGCUCGAAGGACGGGUUUUUCAUUGAUCAAUUCAAUAAUGUCUGCUUUGGCCGAUGCAAUAAUUUCGCUCAUUCUUGUUCUCGUUGUCGGUGCUGUGCUCGGAGGCAGAGUGCUGGCCGGCUGUGGAGCAAGUGGAGGUACCGGUACGGUUGUUGUAGAAACAGGAACCGCGGUUUGGCGUGAGAUUGAAACGGGCGCUCUUGUUGGCUCCGGUAGUAAACCAUUGUUGGGACAUUCUUGCAAACUGUUCACCACUCGGAAAGCAACGCUAAUGUCAAUGAAUCUGUAAAACAUUGGAUCGUCCUUGGCCAAAACUGCCCGGUAGCUUCCAGGUGAUAGCGGCCAUCCUUCAAUGGGGUCGUUCUGCGAAAACAUUACCGUUCCUCGAGCCAUGGCAACAUCACAGUCCUGGUUACCACAAGUCCAGUACUGUGUGUGUCAGUCAACCGCAGAGAAAGAAAUUCAAUCAAGGAAAGAAGGAUGAGAAGCGUGUUCCUCUGGCUUCAAGCACCAUACUCACCCAAACAUUGCAAACGAACGAGGCAGCAGCGAGCACAAAGGGCCCCCUGACGUCCCAACAAAAUCAGCAAGACACCGUGUAUACUCACCCAGAUGAGAGGUUCUUCGGUGGGAUUGAUAUCGUCGUGAGGGUACAAGCCAAUCCAGUCUGUGCUGCUUGGGUUCCUCCCAUUUUGGAAUAUGAUGGCAAUCUCCUGCCCGAUUUCGAAGCAGAGUCGACUUAGCUGAAGCGUCUGGGCCGCCGACACAGAUGCAGCGAUUCCAACAGUCACUAAUUUGAGCAAGAUGGAGAUCUUCAUUUCGUGUCAGACAGAUCGCAAACAGUGAUGGGAUUUUUGUCCAUGACGACAACGAGGUCUUGGAGUGGAGGGUGGAGGGAAACAUCGUUCACGUGAAAAUCGAACGAAAUGUGAGCGGUUCAGAUGCAAGAUUGCCUGUUGGCAUCAAAUAACGUGGCCGUUACAACUGAAAGUUCGGCGUGACACAUUUAAAAGGUUAAACUGGCAGAGCUGGUAAUCUACCACCAACAUUCCAGAGAGACUGCACUCUCUUGGAACUUCAAACCUCUUCCGGUGGAUGUCCAAUGCCAUGUCCCUGGGUCUCACAGCUCAAAGAGUUCGUUGUCAAAGAUUAAUGCAUCCAUUUUCUUUGUACCCGGCGACAGACAAUGCAAGGUAUUAUGUGACAACCAGCUUCCAUGGCCAACCAAUUCAUCAUCAUGAUAUAUGAUGGUGGCCAACUACCAAAGGAUGCAACAAGAGAUUCAAAUGUUUCUAGCCAGCUAGACAAAAAGGCACAGUGAUGGUGAGAAUUGUAGGAUAAUUGGAAUUGUUACAAUUCUAUUGCAUAAUGUAGAAGAAAAGAGUUUUAAAACCUUGUAAAGGCGCUUACAAAUGAGCUAUGAGAGUGCUCCAAGUGUCUUAAUUAAAAUAGACAAGAG